AUGGGGGAGACGUAUCCAGGGAUCGAACCGCCGACCCUCCGAUCAGUGGACCAGCUGCUCUGCCUCCUGAGCUACAGCUGCAGCGUUAGAGGUGUCCUGCUCAAUCAAGUUCACCCUGAUAGGAUUGAGACCCAGGAGCAGCUCUGUGCCAUGGAGGCGAUGCAUUUGCUGGACAAUUGGAGAAAGGAUCUUCAUGUGUCGCAGGGAGACGUGGACAACUCAGAGGACAUGGACCGUCUGAACAGGAACAUGCCCGAGUGUGGACGGCAAACCCACCAGGUGUUACAGAGCACCCCGCUGGACCUAAUCGAGAGUGGGAAGGGGCUGAAGUUCCAGGCGGAGCGCCCCCACCUGGUCAGCCUGGGUAGUGGACGCCUGAGCACCGCCAUCACCUUGCUGCCCCUGCCUGAGGGCCGGACCACUCUGGGUCAUGGUUCCAUGGACAUCAGCAUCCAGGGCCCCGGGGUGGCUGCCCAGCACUGCUACAUCGAGAACAGGUCGGGGGUCAUCACGCUGCACCCCUGCGGGAAUCUGUGCGCCAUCGAUGGGCUCCAGGUCACGCAGCCGGUCCGCCUGUCGCAAGGCUGUAUGCUGUGUUUUGGCCAGUCGAACUUCUUCCGCUUCAACCACCCUGAAGAAGCCUUCAGGAUGAAGAGCAUGAUGCCGCAGGCAGGAAGCGUCUCCACCGGGGACUACAGGAUGUGUGCAGACACAGAGAGCUUGGUCAAUGGGAAUCACCAGGCCAGUCCGGCCCAGUCUCCCCCAGCUCCUGGAGAGAGAGUCCAGUCCGAGCACAGUGCGAUCGUCAGCUCCAUUGAGAAGGACCUCCAGGACAUCAUGGACUCCCUAGCCAUGGACGACCCUCAGCCUUCUUCCCUGGAGGCCAAAAAGCCUGCCGGAGGCCAAGCGGUUCCUCACUCCCCCCUGUCGCCGAUGGUCAACGGAGGGGGCCGGUAUCUGCUGUCCCCUCCCACCAGCCCAGGGGCCAUGUCCGUGGGGUCCAGCUAUGAGAAUACAUCCCCUCCCUUUUCUCCCCUGUCCUCACCCUCAGCGGCCAGCAGUGGGAGCUUUACCAGCCCAUCUCCGAGUGGAGGACCCCAGGACCAGAGUUCUUCUCUGCCGCCAGUGCCUGUACGCUCCUCUAGCUACAAUUUCACCUCCCAGCCUCCGCCUGUACCCCAGCCACGGACCAUACUGCCUAACUUCAGCAGCGGUGGGGCGGGACAGAAGGUCCAGGAAAGCCCCAGGCUGCAGAGGAAAGUCUUAAUAGAAACUCCUCCAAGCCCCAAGCCAAGCCGCAGAGGACUGGGCCAAGAUGGGUCUGAGAGCCCCCGACAGACCGCCCUCCUGUCCUCUAAUGAAUCUCUCAAUAGUAGAAACAUUGUGCCGAGUAGCCCCAGACUCACUCCCAAAUUCCCCACCUGUUCAUCCCCGUCUCCCUCCAGUCCCAGGACCAAGACGACCACGGUGCUCCAGGAAAGGCCUGCCAGCCCCUACAGAGAUCAGCCCGCUCUAGCUGAUCGCUCCCUCACCUCCAGCCCCUCCAGGCAGCUUUCCCAGCCCACCAGAGCCUUCCAGCCUCCCUUGGAUCCCAUCGUCCACAUCAUCCAAGGAUCGCCGCUACAGCAGCAUCCGCGUUCACUGCAGCCCCCCGAAAGCCCUCGCAUGGGCAGGAGGAACCUGGAGCUGAACGGAGGCGGCGGAGCGAGCAGCAGCACUAUGAGAGAGCUGCCGCCUCUUAGCCCCUCCAUGGCUCGGAGAGGGGUCCCGGUACUCCCGGGGGCGCUACCAGGGACAGUCCCCAGCUUGAGGACUCCAGAUAGUCCCUCAGGUCUUGCUAAGCUUGUUCCAGAGAGUCCCAGGCUCAGACGAAAGAGUGGGUCCACAUCUGAGGAGCCGAUGUGCAGCAGGGGGAUCAGAGCCCGCAGUCCUUCACCUACCUCUGCGAUGAUGGAGGGUGGCGGCGGUGGUGCCGGGGUACGAAAGGCCAGCUUUGGAAACACUCUGUCUCCUGCUUACAGUCUGGGCUCCCUGCCUGGCUCGUCCCCUGUAGCCAGCCCCAGGGCCCACAGGAAGAUGUCCGCAGGGAGACCCCACCCUGGGAUGAGGGAGAGGAAGAACAGCAUCACGGAAAUCAGCGACAAUGAGGACGAGCUGCUGGAGUACCACCGGCGGCAGAGAGAGGAGAGGCUCCGAGAGCAGGAAAUGGAGAGACUGGAGAGACAGCGACUAGAGACCAUCCUGAACCUCUGCGCUGAAUACAACAAAGGAGAGAGCCCCGGUCUGGACCCUCUGGGCUCGGCGAGGACGGGUUUCCCCGGGGGGCUGGCAGACGGCUCUGGGCGCAGACCGUCCAUGGAGAACGUCCUGGGAGGGACGCCGUCCUCGGCAACGCUCCGCCUGGCGCAGAGGCUGAGGGAGAGCGACGAUGAGAACCUGAAGGAGGAGUGUAGUAGUACGGAGAGCACUCAUCAGGAGGUGAGGACAUCUCCUGCUCUCAGCACAGCAUCAGCACUGCACAAUGGAGACAGACAGGUCAGACACGAGGACUCCAGCUCAGGCAGCGCAGGUCGUCUGGAGCUGGGCUACCUGGUGGACGAGCGGGUUCGUGUUCUGGCUCGGAUCGACGAGCUCAAAACUCGACUGACUGAGCUGGAGCAGCAGCUCCAGGAGUCCAAACAAGAGGCGGAGAUGGAGCGUGCCUUGCUGCAGGGCGAGAGGCAGGCGGAGCUCGACCAGAUGGAGGCUGAGACGGACAUCAUCACUCAGCUGCAGCACAAGCUGGACGAGCUGGAGAGCGCCAUCCAGAGGGAAAAAGACAAGGAGAGGGCUAAUGUUGAGGCCGAGCGCCGGGCCCUGCAGAGCCUCCAGGAGGGCUACGCUGAGCUGAAGAACCAGCUUCAUAACUGUCCCGAGUCCCUGCGAGAACAGUUGCAGGAACAGCUCAAAAGGGAUGGAGAGACGUUGGAAGCAGGAACCAAAAAGUUUGAGGACCUGGAGUUUCAGCAGCUGGAGAGAGAGAGCAGCCUGGAGGAGGAGAGAGAAACCAUCAGUCAGCAGCUGCUGCAGGAGAGAGCGGAGUACCACAGCAGCGUGGCCAAGAGGAAGGAGAAGGUGUCUGCUCUGGAGAACCAGGCCAACCAGCUCAGCCUGCAGGCGUCUCAGGAGUGUGAGCGUCUGACUAAAGACAGAACCCUCACACUGCAAAUGCUGCAAAAGGAGAAGGAGAGGCUGUUGGCCUUGGAGAAGAGAUACCACAGCCUGACUGGAGGGAAGAGCUUCCCCAAGUCGUCCACUGCAAUGAGAGAGGAGUAUAUGAGGCUGUCGGACGUUUAUAAGAUGUACCACCGUGACAGCAGCAAGCCCGCCUCGCACGGCCGCUCGUUUGCCAUAGAUGCUACAUUAGCUGGCGCCUGCGAGGAGUAUGUGACAGUGGGCCAGUUAAAUCAGAUGUAUGGGAUGCCAAAGGUGGAGUCGUCCCCUACCUCCCCGCUUCGCCAGCCCCUGCAGUCUGGAGCCGUAGACCCCGCCUUCUCCUGCCUCCCCUCUCCUCAUGGCUCCUCCCUCUCUCUCUCUGUGGAGUACCAGGCUGAGGGCAGUAGGCCUCACCUGCCCAAGCUAGAUUUAGAGCAGUGGUACCAGGAGCUGAUGGCUGACUCCAGCCAGCUAUGUCCUCCCCCUCUGCCAGCCAAGUCUCUCUCGGGCCGCAGGCCUGUGCUGCAGGUGUUCCGCUCAAAGCUGGACAGUGAUCCAGGACUUUCUCUUCAUCAGCCCAAAUCCGGCUCUGCAUCCCCUCUGCAGCAGGGAGCAGCAACACUGGGACGCAACUCAAGCUCCAAGAGCCCCCUGCUGGUGGCCAACAGCACUGGCAGUCUGCCCAGGAACCUGGCUGCAACCCUGCAGGACAUCGAGACCAAGAGGCAGCUCGCUCUGCAGCAGAAAGGUCAGCAGGUGAUUGAAGAGCAGCGUCGUCGUCUGGCCGAGCUCAAACAGAGAGCGGCGGCGGAGGCUCAGUGCCAGUGGGAGGCGCUCCACGGCUCUCAGACCCACCUCCACCAGCCCCCCUCUAUGGGCCCCCCUCCUAUGGUUCACCACUCCAUCCUGCACCACCAGCCCCCGUCAGCCGGAGAGCAGCCGUACGACACUCUGAGCCUGGAGAGCUCCGACAGCAUGGACACCAGCGUGUCCACGGGGAACAACUCGGCCUGCUCGCCAGACAACAUGUCCAGUGUCGGAGGAGUGGACUCGCUGAAGAUCGAGGAGAUGGAGAAGAUGCUGAAGGAGGCGCAGCUGGAGAAAGCCAGACUCAUCGAAUCACGGGAACGAGAGAGCCUGGCUCGCCGUCAGAUGCUGGAGGAGGAGAGGAGGAGGAGGGAGGAGGCGGAGAAAAGACUGCAGGAUGAAACUUUCCACCGGCAGCAGCUCGUGGAGAAAGAGGUCAAGAUGAGGGCCAAGAACUUCUCUCAGGCUCGUCCUAUGACUCGCUACCUGCCCAUCAGGAAGGAGGAGUUCGACCUGCGCUCUCACGUGGAGUCGUCAGGCCACAGCGUGGACACCUGCUACCACAUCAUCAUCACCGAGAAGAUGUGCAAGGGCUACCUGGUCAAGAUGGGAGGCAAGAUCAAGUCCUGGAAGAAACGCUGGUUCGUCUUCGACCGCCUCAAGAGGACCCUCUCCUACUACGUUGACAAACACGAGACCAAACUGAAGGGUGUGAUCUACUUCCAGGCGAUAGAGGAGGUCUAUUACGAUCACCUCCGCAGUGCCACCAAGAAGGGAUUUUUCAACUUGAAUAUGACCAGUAGCCCCAACCCCUCGCUGACCUUCUGCGUGAAGACCCACGACCGGCUCUACUACAUGGUGGCCCCCUCAGCCGAGGCCAUGAGGAUCUGGAUGGACGUCAUCGUCACGGGAGCGGAGGGAUACACACAGUUCAUGAACUGAGAGCGAGAGAGCGGAGGUGAUGAGCUAAUAGUUUCGGCAGGGACUCUCCCAUCACAGACUCUGUAGGCCCUUCUUCCUGUUUCCAGUCCACCGCAGACACCACGCCUUGUUUUUAUUCAUUUUUAAUCUCACCUUUUGAUUUUUCUGUGUCGACGUUCACCUCCGCGUUUUCUACGUGAUUCUGUUUGGAUUUAAAAAGGGAGCCCGUGAAGGACACACACACACACACACACACACACACACACUAACACACACAAACACACACACACA